AUUAGGGUUUUACAUUUUUUAUUUCCGUUGGAGGGUUUGUUCUAUUAUUCUGAAUUUGGAAAUUAAGAAUCGAGUUGGGGGAAAUGACGAUUUCAGUAGGAUCUAUUGGCUUCAAAACCCAAUUUCACGUUCACUGUCGAGCUUUUCUCAUUCCCUGGGUUAAGAAUAAUAGUGCAAUCACAUGCUUGAAGAGUAGAGAUUACAAUUCCUCAGUUCCUAUUAGGUACAUUCCUAAAAGAUUUUCUAAUACUAAUGAAAUUGGGAGUUCUGAGCAGAUUAAGAAGGGUGCCAAAAAUAAGGAAUUUUGUGAAUUUUCAGAAGCAAGUAUUCCAUUUGACAAUGUGGUAGUUAGUAGGAACCAUAGUGGAAAUGGAAAUGCGAAUGGUGUGCAGAAAAGAAACAAUUUUGAUUCGAAGCCACGAUUCGAACAUCAUCCAAUGCCCUCUUUUAAGUUAUUGCCUAAUGAGUUUGAACAAGAUAAUGUCGUGGAAGAACCUGAGGAGGUUUAUGAAGAGUUGUUUAUCGAUCGAGAAAAGAGUUCUGAUCAGGAUAAUUUACCUCAGACAAAUAGAACUAAGUUCGAUGCUGAGAAAAUGGUUGUAAAGCUACUAGCAAUGAGGGCUUUCACCGCAGUUGAACUAAGGAAAAAAUUAUGUGGGAAGAAAUUCUCUCCAGAGAUUGUGGAUGAAGUGAUUAAUGACUACAAGUGCAGAGGGUUCAUCAAUGAUAGCUUGUAUGCAGAGGGAUUCUGCCAAUCUAGAUGGUCUUCUUCGAGCUGGGGACCACAGCGAAUCAAGCAAGCACUUUAUAGAAAGGGAGUAAGUAAAGAUGAUGCAGAGAAGGCAAUACAAUUGGUCUUUGAGGGUGGAGAAUCUGAUUCAUCCGAAGGAUAUAAGGAGUCGAGACACGGCUUAUCAGAGCCGUCAAUGGAUCGUUUGUUUGUUCAGGCCUCAAAGCAAUGGCUGCGAGGCCAUGAUGUACCUAAAGAGAAGAGGAAAUCAAGAAUCAUUCGGUGGCUUCAGUACCGCGGGUUUAGCUGGGAUGUUAUAAGCAUUGUAGUAAAGAAAUUGGAGUCCAAUGACCCAUCUUAAAACAUGACAAGGCCCCCCCAAGUUCAUAUGUUAUGUGACAACAGAAUGGUGUGGUCCAUCCAUAACUAUACCUAUCCGCAUAUAACCUGUGUAAUAUGGAUCAGUUUGGGCCUACAAUGUCACAAUUUUGUGGCCACAAAAAUCAGUCUCUUCUUCAGCUCUUGUCAGUGCAACUAGCCUAACUAGCUAGCUUCUGCUCCUAGUUUAGGCUAGUUGAAGCCUAUGAUGGUGAAGACACUGCUAAAGACAGCAACAACUGAUGUUGGUGGGAUCUCAGUCAAAUUCAAAUUCUUUCUGAAUGGAAGCUUUCGUUGUGGUGUUUGUAAUACCGUAUGGAUGGGAGAUAAGAAGUGGUGAUGAUUAGAUAAUAAUGGAGCUAUAGUGUGCUGCACUUCUAUAGAAUUAUUGGUCAUACUUGUAUUCUCAAGUCCAUUACAACUAUCUUUUAUUCUGUUUUUUUGGUAUCUAUUUUGUGCAUGUGUAAUUAAUAUUAGUAAUGUGAUUAAGACAUUUAAUUUAA